AUGGAUACAGAAGAAAUCGUCUGCGUCCACGUAACCCUCAAGUUCGUCAUCUUUAAGAGUAUCGAAAAAAAUGAAAACAGCUGCUGCCACAACUUCAUUAUCAAUUUGGCGGAGGCGAAUGACAUCGAGGCAGUGAACAAGUCCAAGCAGUACUUUGUCCAGAAGUUUCACCAAAUAUUAAAGAAGAGAAAAAAAAAUGAAUACGAAUGUCUGCUCAAUGGAACAAUAACUGAGAUCGCCACAUUUCUCUCUCAGCACAUGGAAUUGUACAUACAAAUUAGCAAAGUGAAGUAUGAGAUAGGUGAGCAGUGUGAUGGUGACGGCCAGGAAAGGGCAGACGCAGGCGGAGUAAACCCAGAUAGAGUAAACGCAGACGGGGUAAAUCAAGACGGGGUAAAGGCAGACGGGCAGCACCACCCACUACCGGGCGACCAAAGGAGAAAACCAAACGGACGCACCAGCGCUGGGACGAACAAAAUACACCUCCUCAACAGCGUAGACCUAGUAGAGGACGACAUUCAAUUUGAGAACGGACAGAUUUAUUUCAAGUGCUUAUUUAAAGAUCUGCUAAGUGACUUCGAGUUUAUCCCUCAGAGGAAGUACGAGAAUAUUAGUAACUUUUACGUGAGCAGCGAUUCUAUUUUUUCCAUUUCGGUCAAGUUUGAGGAGUGCAUGGUGGGGCGGAGGGACUUGGAGGGGAGCAACAAACGGGACUGCGAUUAUGAGCAGGACGAAGUGUGUCACGACCGCUAUGCCGCCCCCUAUGCUGACCGCUACCCAUGUGGCCCCCUCGACAAGCGCGCACGGAAGUACUGGCACUUAGUGAACCUCUUCCACAUGACCCAUUUAUUCUACCUGCACAUCAACUUUGAUGCAUAUGAGCAGAGUUUCUUCCGUCACAAUUGUGUAGAGGUUACCGUGGGGGACAUGCUGCAAAGUCUCUCACCGAAGGACGCCCACGAUGAUACCCCCAGUGGGGCGAAUCGAAACGAGUCUGGUUUCGUUUCACCGGAGGGGGGACCCCUCGAUGGAAUUAAUGACAAACACCGUGAUGGGGAUUAUCACACCCCUACCGAUGGCAACUCUACAAUGGGAUGCCACUUCUCAUUGAUCCUAAUAGACCGAGUGGAAGAGCUCUAUGAUUACUUUCGCCUCAAUGACAUACGCAUUAUUUUUAACAAAAUCCGGAUGGAGGUCGAAAAGAAAGGGCCAUUUUUCUCCCUUCAUAAAAAAAGUGGAGACUUGUGGAUUCGUUACAAAGACAUGGAAACGAUGACGUGCCAAUUGAGCACCGUCGGUGGGUCUGCCCCGUCGUUAAACUUUCAGGCGACGAUCAUGUCUAUUUGUUUGCGUCCUCGUGGGGGAGAAGGCGAGGGGAGGUUUUUCAAUUCUCUGCAGUGGAGAAGUAGCUGCGGUGUUGGAAGUAGCGACAGCGGUGGAGGGGGCGGCACAAGCGGGAGUAGCAUACCGGCUCACCCCCGUUACAGGAAUGGGAAAUGGCCCCAUCCGAGGAGGAGCAACUCCCCCAGUAGGGACCACCGAGUUCGCGUGAACAGGAAGGAGUUGGGGGCCCCCAAGGAUACCUUCCUCAAGUGGAAUUUAUUCCUCUCCGUGGAGCGCUGCCACAUCCUGGAGCUGAGCAACAUUUACGCGGAGAAGAGGAAGACCCGGCAGAGCGACUUCUUCGUGAAGAUCGAGUCAGGCCUGCUUGAGCGAUGCUUCGUGUCUCCGUUUUACCCCUUCGAGGAGAGCCGACAGAUCGAACUGAAGAAUUGCCACGUCAGCCACGACUUCCAGGGGAAGGGCGCAGACCCCUGCGACCAGCUCGAAGGCGAAGUGGUGCACUUCCAUCUGUCUCUGCGCGAGGAGCACACUCAGGGAGAAGGCAUCCAAGGUGACUCUAGCGAGGAUAUUGGCAGCGGAAUUAACAUCGGAGUGGGGGAACUUCCCCUCAAAAAUGUGUCCAAGGAGUUAAAAAACACACUGAUGAAGGAGAGAGGAGCACCUCCCCAGAGGGAAUACUACCAGUUUGACUUCGUCGUGCCUCUUUAUUUAAACGUUUUUAAAGAGAAAUACUUAACGUCCGAGUUGAGUGUGCGCGUCUUUCUGAGCGCACGGCAAGGGGGUGAGUUCACCGAAGUUGGAGCAAAGAUUGGGUCCCCACAGGAGGAAAUGCUCACAGCGGAUGAGAGCGGCGAUCAUCUGGUUAAGCGUUCCCCAAAGCAUGACAUCAUCCCGAACAAUAUCUACGAAUUCAAGCUGUGGAAAGAAGAGGAGGAAAGACGAAUGACGGAGAUGCUAAAAAGGAGGGAACAAAAUGUGAUGAAGAAACUCAUAAAAAAAUAUGAAGCCAUGGAAAGGGAAAGAAAAAAUCAACUCGAAAAGGAAAAAAACGAAUUAAAAGAAAUUGUAAUAAAAGUAAAAGAAGAACAAAUAAAUGUAAAAAAAAAUGAAAACCUUGUCAAAUUAAAAGACAAACAAUUAAAUGACGAAAUAUAUGUGUUGGAAAAAAAAUUAAAAAAAAUUAAAUACGCUUAUGAAAAAUCGUUAAGUCAUUUUAAGCAGAAAUUAAGGAAGGCCAAUUUAGGAGAAAGUCUCGUAAAAGAAAAUGAUCAGCUCGUAGCCUGUUACAAAAGUGCUAUUACAAAGGUGAAAAAAUUAAGCAAAGAAAAUGAAGAAAUGAAAACCAUCCUGGGGAAAUACAACAGUAAGGAUAAUGCCAUUAUCAGCAAGGCCUACUUUGAGGAGCUAAAGGACCAACUGAAAAGGCUUAAGUUAUUUCACCGACAAACGAUUCAGUCGCGUGGCUGUGGGGGAUACACAAACAAAGGGGGAGAGGAGGCGGAGGGACAAGCCACACACAGCAGUAGCUACGUAAAAACUGUGCGGAAAAACAGAAAUCGAAUUAUCCAGCUCGUUGCUAAUUUCAUGCCACAGAUUGAACAGAUUUACGAUUUGACGAAUGACGACUUGCUAGAGGAAAAAGUCCGCUCCAUUUUGAGGGACGUCCAGGAGGUCAGGCUGAUUCUGCGGGCCGAGAUGAAAGAGUUGGACCGUGCCUCCCCCGGGCACUGGCGGGGGGACUCGUCAGACGGGUUGGCAGGCCAGUCAGCAGACUGGAUGGAAGACCGGAUAGAAGACCGCAUUGAACACCACAUAGAAAACCGCAUAGAAGACCGCGUAGCGGGUCAGUCCCCCAAUCAGUACAUAAACCUAUACGCAGGCGAAUUCCCCGACGAGCCCCUCGCCAUCCGCACCGACCCAUCGCGAACCCGGAGUAGGAACCUACCAGGGAAGGAGCCCCGGCUGGGAAGGCACGCAAGUCUCGCUAGCCACCCGAGGGGGAAGAAGCCACCCCCCCAGAGAAGCCUUCUCAAGGGGAAGGGGGUGGCGGGCAACACCUCCAAAGGGGUGGCAAUUCCCUCCAAAGGGGGAGACAUCCCCUCCAAAGGGGUCGGCGCUCACUUCAGGAAGGCACCUCCCCACGCCAAGCUUCUAAGUGAGAAGCGCGGGCGGGCCCCUCCAAAGGACUCCGCCCCGACCCCCCAAAUGGACGGAUUUAAAAAAAGGGACAAGACAAACGACAAUGCGAAUAUGAUCGAAAAUUUAAAAAGCGAAAUAAAGCGACUCAUCGAAACUGGAAUAUAUAAUGAGGACGACACGAUUAUAAAAAAUAUGAAGAAGAAGUUAAACGCGCUGCUUUGA